UGAAGUCAGUCAGCAAUGUAGAUUAACCUGAAUCACUUUGGCUUCUUUUAUUCCCCGGAUUCAGAGGGAAGGCCAUAUAUACCUCAAAGAGUUUGGCAUGGAAAAUGGAGCAAAAUGAGGUUAAAAAGAGUGGAAGCGGAUAUAUAAGAUACAUCCUUGAGCAAGGGUCCAGUCAGAUAGCGCUUGGGCAAUUUUCUGAUUGGGACACAGUAGGAAGAAAAAAAGAGACGACUGAGACCGAGAGAUGUGAUAUCGGAUUUUACAAGUAUGUUGCCAGCCUUACCGAGAACCCCCUGUUUGACAACUUUAUCAUGCUUACUAUCGUCAUCAAUGCUUUGUUCAUGGCAUUGGAGACGGACUAUUAUUUGAACUAUAAGCUAUACGGAUUCUUCGAGCUUUCAGACAACUUUUUCAUGGCAGUUUACACCAUGGAGUUUCUAAUGAAGGUGUACGUUGAACCGAAACAGUUCUGGACCAACGGUUACAACGUGUUUGACGUGAUCAUCCUCGUUGUCUCUCUGAUUCCAACGUUCGUGGGCGAAAAAAAAGCAGAUUCCCUCACCUCCCUGCGCAUCGUCCGGGCGUGCCGUUCGUUGAGAGUGCUGAAGACGGUGUCUUUCAUACGCGGCCUGCAGGCCUUAAUUUCAGCUCUCUUCAAGACCCUGAAGAGCGUCGUCUUAGUCCUCAGCCUGAUGUUUCUACUCAUGUACAUAUUCGCCCUUAUUGGAUUUUACAAUUACGGUGACCCUGACACCGGAGACCCCGAGAACUGGGGGGAUUUGGGCAGUGCCUUCUUCACGUUGUUCAGUUUAGUGACGGUGGACGGCUGGACCGACCUGCAGCAGAACCUGGACGACCUUGGCAUGGCGUCCAGCCGUAUCUUCACCACCGUCUUCAUCCUGAUGGGUUAUUUCAUUUUCUUCAACAUGUUCAUCGGCGUGGUCAUCAUGGAGAUCCAGCAUUCAACGAAGAGCUUUGAGGCUCAGGUACAGAGCGAGCGCGAGACCUAUCUGAACCAGAAGAAAUACGCCAUGAUCAAGCGCCAGAAAAUGGAGAUUAGAGAACUCAUGAUGAGCCAGACCAGCAAUGAGCUGAACUAUAAGCGGGUGGUAGAGAUGUUUAAGAAGUCUCUUCGGCACUCGGACUGCAUAGUAACGGAGGACCUGUGCUCCAGCUUGUCCUUCAUAGACAUCUACCUCGGCACCCUGGACCGCAACGACGCCACAGCGGAAAGGCUGCAGCACCUGCACUCCGAGGUGGUGCAGGUGUUGUGUGGGCUGAUGGAGGAGGACCUGCAGGACGCAGAGCAGAAGAAGAAGAAACACAGGAAGACGCGUCGCAACCUUUAGCUCGGCCCUCUCCGAACCAGCUCUAUUUACAUACGCUAAUUAAAGAACGGGACUUUGUUGCCAUGUGUUGCUGACUGAUGUUGUGAGUCGGCUAGUGUCGUCAAAAUGCGUAUUUGUCAUUGAAGACUCCUACGUCAUCCAAAGCCUGUCUCAAACUGUAAGGCUGGGUUUAAGAAAUAAGUUGAGUUCAUGUACUAAUGCUUUUUACAGGGGCGGCAUUUGAACCUAACUCUCUAAAUGUUAACAAAUUAAACCUAGAUGACCAGAGCAACAUACUUUAUGAUAAUAUAACUGAUCGUUCUUACCACAGUAAU